CGCGGAUGUCGAAUUGGGUGGCAACAGAACCCGGGGUCAAGUUGUCCUUGAUCAUAUGUUAUUAAAUAAACCAAAUAUAAAUCUGAUAAACGAUUUUGAUUCAGAGAUGUUUAAGGAGAUAUUGAUGAAUGCUGUGUGUACAAUACAGGAGAUUAAAUAUAGUGUGAUAGAGUGAUUAUAUGAAAAAGCAGAACGGAAAGGAGAAAAAGGAUCUGGUUGAAAGAAGAUUAGAGAAUUUAUUUUCAAGAUUACAUUUUUAAAGAAAUAAUGGAUUUAAUGGCUUUUGUGCCCUAUUCUAUGACAGCGCCAACUGUCCAGCAUGAGCCCAACGUGGAACAUGUUUGCGAGGAGUUGCCGAAAGAAGAUCCAUUGAUGAGAAUGAUACCCGGGUACUCCCCUUGGGCCAGGAUACGUCGUUGGUUCCUCGGAACGCGAAUAACAUCGCAGCUGCACCCAUUCACGCGAUGGUGCCUGAAAAGUACUCAGGCGAUUGAUUACGAGAUCAGUCAUCACCUCAAGUCCCAUCCCUAUAUGAUCCAUCCUUUCAGUUCCUUCAGAAUAUUUUGGGAGUCUGUCAUAACUUUGUUCAUCAUAGCUGUUCUGCUUAUCACACCGGUUUUCCUCACGUUCUAUUUUGACGAAUGCGCGAAAUGGUACAUGUACAACCACGCGAUUGACAUUAUCCUCAUGUGCGACAUAAUAAUCAAAUUUUUCACUGGUCACUACGAUUCUCGUACGAAACUGGUGAUUCUAGAUCCGAGGAUCGUAGCGAGAAAGUAUCUACGGGGUUUCUUCAUCGUGGACACGUUAUCCAUAUUACCGUUGGAGUUUAUCAUCGUGCUCACCGACUCAAUGUGGUACCUGACCUCGUUGAAUUUGCUGAAAAUAUUGAGGAUACGAACUGUCAUCGUUUAUUCACGCAAACUCUAUUACGUAUACCGAAUUAAUUUUCAUCUGUUCAAAAUAGCGGAGAUAGGUGUCUUUAUCGUCGUGGGCGUGCACUGGGCUGCCUGUAUGGAGUAUUAUCUACCAUUGAUGGUCGACAAGAUAGCCGGACAGCAAGAUCUAUCUUGGAUACGAUCGCCUUAUAUGGAAAAGAGAGAAAUGAAAUAUCAGAUUUAUCUGGCGUGCAUUAAUCGAGCCAUCAUCGCCCUAAUUGGAGCUGCGCAGUACUUGGAUGUUAGCGCACCAGAAGACAUUAUAUACAAUUUAAUCUUGUCUAUCUUUGGGUUUCUCGGAUUCGUGUAUCUGCUGGCACGAAUGAUGCAAUUGAUGUCGACGUUUCAUUCAAUCAACAAGAGACAUUUGAAAUUAAUCCAGCAGUUGCAACAGUACAUGAAGCACAAAGAAUUGUCGCAUUCUUUGCAGCGACGAUUGCUGAUCUAUUAUAAUUAUCGCAAUAAAAAGGGAUUCGAGAGAGAUAAGAUAAUUAUUAACCAUGUAUCGCCUUACUUGCGAGAGAAACUUCUUUUGCACAAUUAUAUACGAUUGCUGAAUAAUGUAAGGCUGUUUGGACACCUGCCGCAGAUAGUGAUAAGGAAAUUGAUCGGAGCCGUGUACUCCGAGAUUUUCAUGCCGAACGAUGCGUUGGUUAAAGCCGGAACACGUGGUGAUGCCUUGUACUUUAUUUCUUCCGGCACCGUGGCCGUUUACAACAACAUUGGGAAGGAGAUCUAUCACAUGGAGGACGGCGCAUACUUUGGCGAGUUGGCCCUAGUGAUUGAGGACGAGCAUUGGAUCGCCAGCGUCAUCGCCAUCGAGAACUGCGAAAUCUACAUCCUGUCACGCUCCGAUUUUCAAUACGCCUUGGCGCCCUAUCGCGAUCUCCUGGCCCAUCUCCAGAAUGUCGCUCUCGCACGACUGGAGCAAAUGCCGCUGCUUAAGAAGGCCCACGAUGCAUCGCCAUUGUUCAGAAAUAUCAACAGCAUAAAGGCCAAGAAGAGGGACGAUAUAAUACCCGACUAAUAAGAUAAGUUUCCUCUUUUUACUUGUCAUACUAUCUGAUUUCAAAAUAAUUUUCAGUAUCUUAUUCAUCUCAUUUUUAUUGUUUUUCAUAUUAGUUAUAUUUUACGUUUAUAGUUUAUUACUAAUUAUAACAACGUUUUAUUAUGCCAGAAAAUGGCUAAUGGCAGUUAAUUAUUUGUUUAACGAUAUAUCGAAACAAUUCAACGGAAUUAUUGAACUCUCAUCGUUAUUGUAACAAAUUAACAAUCAACAAUAAACAAACUGAUAAGCAACUGUUUCUUAUAAGAA